GGACUGCUAGGCUCCUUCUGGGAGCUGCUCAGGUCUGGUGAUCUGAAAACCGGUGCACUUGUUGGUGUGGACAAGUAUUGCAAUAAGUACUAUGAAGACAAACGUUAUUUUUGUGCACAUCACCAGUGGGUAGAGAUGAACGGAAAAUAUACUUCUUGGAAUUUGGAUGCAAGCAUGGUGCCCCCUGAAUGGCAUCGCUGGCUGCAUUCCAUGACAGAAGAUCCUCCUACCACUCACCCACCUGCUGAUUAUAAAUAUAUAUGGAAGACUCACCAGUUCAACCUGUGA